AUGUCUUCAUUUGAUUCUCAAUCUGCCCGGACUGACAGAGUGGACGGGUCGAAUACAGUUGAGAUCCCCCAAAUGAUAGAAUGGAUCUGUCAUCCAUUCUUUCUUCCCGCCAAAGCACUCUGGGACGCCAUUCAAGCCGCCGAACCCAAAUUAGCUAUCACCUUUGACGCCAAAAUACCUUCAAAAGACUCCCAAAUCGAAAUGUUCAACCCGUUCAAUCUCGAGAGAUUCACACAGCUGUUCUGGGAUCGAUGGUACUUCAAUUGUCCCAUCCUUCACAGACCCAGUUUCGACAUCUCGACGGCUCGAAUCGAGACCAUUUUCGUUCUGGCACUCACGGGGGCCCUGAUGUCUUCCAAUACAGAAGACCUUAAAAAUGCCAGAUCAUGGCUCGACAUAGUGGAGAUUGUUUUUCAACAUCCGCUCUUGUCGGGACCCAAAACCAAUUCUGGCAGCCAGGAUUCCGAAGGAUCAUUACAUGAGAGGUUGGAUAUUAUUCAGAGUGGCCUAAUGAUAUGUGUGUUGCAGAACUGGGAAGGCUCUGAUGCCGCUCAAACAAGGAUUCGGCGACAAAGAUUUUCGGCUAUUGUGUUCGCUUCCAGAGAUCUAGGAUUUGAGCGCGCAAGGCAUGGAGAUGACCUCGACUUGAAUCGAAAUCAGAUGGACUGGUCAGCUUUCAUCUUCAACGAGGAGUUGAUCAGGCAGGCACAUUUGGCUGUCCUCAUUCUAGCGUGUUUAACUAACUUUUCCCAUGCCAGAACCCUGACUUUUGUUUUUCUUCUCGACACAGAAUUCACCAUAUUUCAUAACGUUCCUCCUCGAAUCUCAAUCUCAGAACUUGAGAUGGGAUUUUCUUGCUCAGAGCCCUGUUUUAUGGCUCAGAAUCCCCAAGAAUUCCUCGAAAGAACACGCACGACACAUCCCGAUUACUUCCGAAUCAAAGACUUCCUGGUCUGCGACGUAAUUGCAACGCUCUGUUUCGAUCAUAAGGAUAGCGAUGAUGUCCCAACGAAAUUGUUCGGACUGACUGCCUUGAAUCUUUUUGCAACUGUCUCAGCAAUUCACAGUAUUAUAUUCAGCCAAUGCACGUCUCUUUGCCUGUUCCCGUCGACUCAAUCACUGCUCCGAAAAGGUUUAGAGACGUGGCUUAAGGUCUGGGAAAUGCGAUUGCAAAUCUCAAGCAACGACAUGCCAUUGAAUUUUGGCGGACAGGUUGGAGAAGAACCGACGAAUGGGGUAGAUGGAAUUGCUCGUCAUGCUCGAGAAUUCCAAACACUGGCCUUGGUGAAGCUCAGCAGUUUCCAAGAAUCUAGUCAGAGUUUCACUGAUGGAAGCACAAUUGGCCCGCGAACGACGGUGCCUCGCUUGGGAGAUGUUGCAGAACUGGUGCUGAGACCGGCUUUCAUUGAUUAA